AUGACGAACACACGCUUCGUCCUUAACCUUCUCCUCCUAGCCCUCAAGGCUAAUCACUUAGUUUCUGCUGCUGUUCAAACUGGUCUAUCGCCCCAUAUUCGUCCCCUAUCCUAUGACCUCACGGUGAAAAUCCCCGUCCUGGAACAUUUUCAAGGUUUCACCUCCUCUGUUGUGAUCCAUUUUAAUCUCACCGCGACCACGUCCAAUAUCACACUUCAUUCGAAAAAUCUUUACGCUAUGAGGAAUGUAUCCCUGAUCUCUUCCCUGAAUGCGUUUGAACCGCAACUCAAGAGCAUUCGAUUCCACACGGAUACGGUAGAAUUCACAUUCAAUGAGCAAAUGUUCGCUGGACAGUACCUCUUAACCAUUGGUGAGUACAACGGUCGUCUCAGCAAUGCCUCAACAGGGGUUAUUCAAAGAAAUCUGACCCUCUUCUCCACGCAUCUACAGCCGUAUUUUGCUCGAGAGCUUCUUCCAUGCGUCGAUCAUCCAUCGGUGAAGGCCGCAUUUCGAAUUACCGUAGUCCAUCGUUCUAACACGAUAGCGGAGUCGAACAACAUCGCUAACGACGUCUUUGUCGUUGAUGCAGAAUGGCAAAAGACUGUAUUCGCACCGACGCCGUUAUUACCUGCGUACUUAAUUGCGUUUUCUGUAAUGCCGGACACAUACAAAGAGAUCAUUCGACAAACAUCGUUUGGGGUAACGGUACGCGUUCAUGCAACAUCGCAAAGUGUCGCCCUUCGUGUUCUUAACGUCGCCGUGGCCUCAUUCGAACUACUUGGCAGUAUUAUGGUUAUACCACUACCAUUGAACAAGGUCGACUUCAUACUUUUGCCAGAUUACGAUGGUGGUAUGGAAAAUUGGGGUCACAUACUGUUGUCAGAAAACCUGGCCACCUAUGGAGAUGAUGCCCAUCUCACUUACGUGAUCGCCCAUGAACUCGCUCAUCAUUGGAUUGGCAACAAAGCGACGGUGGACAGGUGGAGAUGGAUUUGCCUACAGGAAGACCUCACCGACUACAUCUCUUACAAGGUUGCCGCCGCUGUGUUAGAUCACGACUCGAGAUGGGAACGAUUUAUGCUGUCAAAAUACGUCGCCAUUCAGCUUACAGAGGAUUUCUUCGCUCCGAGACACUCGCUGGUUAUGCCAGACAAUAUCACACGCAACAUUACGAUGAGAGCCGCUGAUGAAGGAUGUGAUGGGCGGGGCAUGAGGCAAACGCAGCGCAGUGCUCUGCUGACGCUGCGCAGCGCAAUUAACGAUCGCCGUCGCCAGUCGUUUUCCCUAAUGAUCGCCUGUCGCGGCGGCUGCGGGUACCUAGCGACCGCCCCCACCCCAUCUGAUCAUAUCUCUUCCCAUUGCUAUCUCAAAGGAGUGGUGCUACUAGAGAGUAUUGAAACAGUAGUCGGAGAAGAUUUUAUACUAUCCGCUAUUCGAAAUCUUGUGGCGACAAGGAAUUCGUUCGAUUUGAGCAGUUUUUUGUUGUAUUUCAAGGAUGUGCCGGUUGACAGGAAUAUCUCGUUGGCACAGGUCUAUGAAUACUGGUUCAUCACGGGAGGUUUCCCGGCCUUGAAGGUGUCGAACACGGCGCUCAGCUUUGAACUUCAACAGUUUAGCGCUGAACUAUGGCCACUACGAUUAUCUUCUAAACAAGGACUUCCUCCUUUUCUUUUUGCGCAGAUGCUAACAAUGCCACCGAAAGACUCUGAAGUUUUCGUUAAUCUGAACUUCAGUUCAUUUUUCAGAGUGAACUAUGAUACUACUACUUGGCUCACUAUUUUCGGUCAAAUAGGCGAACAUCCUGAUCGCUUCUCAGCUGUGGGAAGAGCGCAAUUAGUCUCCGAUUUCUGCUAUUUCUACGCGCACGACCAAGUGGAUCAUGGUGCGGCACUCAAAGAGGUCGUAGUUGAUAUGGAAAUUCUCGCUUCUUUGUGA